GGUGUCGAAUCAUUUCCUCAUUCUCUAGAAGUUCCGACCAUGGCUGCCAAAAGUUAUUCUACAACAUAGCGUUAUACGUCGUCUCUUGAAAGUAUCGUCUUCAAUACAAACGUAAUAGAUCACCUCUUUAAGAUGUGCGCCACCAAGCUGUGCGAGGACCCCGAGGUGGACCUGCGCCAGAUCCCUCUGGUGGCCCUAAACGUGAGCGUCCGGAGGCGGCUGAGCCUGUAUCUCAACCCGCGGUGCACCGUGGCUGCCGACUGGACCACCGUGGCGGAGAGUAUGGACUUCGAGUACCUGGAGAUCAAGAACUUUGAGACUUCAAAGAACCCCACGCUGAUGAUCCUGGAGGUGUGGGAAGCCCGCAGCACGAACGCAACGGUCGGGAAGUUACUGGACAUAUUGGAAGCCUCAGAGAGAAGAGACAUCGUAGAAGAGCUCCGGCCUUUAAUAGAUGUGGAUGUGAAGAAGUACUUGGAGAGGCAGAGUGAGCCCCCGGUGCAGGUCCCGGAAGUGGACAGCUGCGUCACGCGGGCCGAGGACCGCCACAUCACUAUGGGAGACGAGAUGUUCGAUGCCUUCAUCUGCUACUGUCAGAGUGACUUCCAGUUCGUCCAUGAGAUGAUCGAGCAGUUGGAGAAAACAGACUACAACCUGAAGCUGUGUGUGUUUGACCGAGAUGUUCUGCCUGGGUCCUGUGUGUGGACCAUCACCGCUGAGCUCAUCGAAAAGAGGUGCAAGAGGAUGGUGGUGGUGAUCUCUGAUGAGUACCUGAGGAGCGACGCCUGUGACUUCCAGACCAAGUUCGCCCUCAGCCUGUGUCCUGGGGCCCGCAGCAAGAGGCUGAUCCCUGUGGUCUACAAGACCAUGAGCGAGCCCUUCCCAAGCAUCCUGCGCUUUCUGACCGUCUGCGACUACACCCGGCCCUGCACCCAGGGUUGGUUCUGGAGCCGCCUGGCCAAGGCCCUCUCUCUCUCAUAGCCCAACAGGGCCCUCUCAUAGCCCCCCAGGCCCCUCUCCUUCUCAUAGCCCCCCAGACCCUUCUCCUUCUCAUAGCCCCCCAGGCCCCUCUCCUUCUCAUAGCCCCCCAGGCCCCUCUCCUUCUCAUAACCCCCCAGGCCCCUCUCCUUCUCAUAGCCCCCCAGGCCCCUCUCCUUCUCAUAGCCCCCCAGGCCCCUCUCCUUCUCAUAGCCCCCCAGGCCCCUCUCCUCCUCAUAUCCCCCCUGGGCUGGUCCGAGGGCCCCUGGCCAUGGCCCUGUCCCUUUCAUAGUCACCAAGGCAGGGAUUUAAAGUUGCAUUUGCUGACAAUGCCCAUUUAUAACAUUUUAAUUAUGAAAUUGUGGUUUAUUUUUUUAUUCUGAACUGUUUGGGGGAAUUCCACUAAUAACAUAUAAUGUAAUAUUCAUAUUGUGUAAUAUAGAUUCAAAAGGAAAAGACAGUUAGUAGGCCUACUUGUGACUCCCUACAGCGUUGAUGUUGUGUCGUCUUUAGUAGACUUUAGAGAAAGUGUGAUCUAGGUGACCAUUAAAGUUUGAUCUAGGUGAAGAUUAAAGUGUGAUCUAGGUAAACAUUAAAGUGUGAUCGAGGUGAACAUAAAAGUGUUAGGUGAACAUUAAGAUUUGAUCUAGGUGAACAUUAAAGUGUGAUCUAGGCGAAUAUUAAAGUUUGAUCUAGGUAAACAUUAAAGUGUGAUCGAGGUGAACAUUAAAGUGUGAUCUAAGUGAAAAGGUGUCACCUGCUUCUGCUGGGAUUUGUUACAACCAAUCACCUCUCGGGAGGAGAGGAUCUUUAAGUGAUUGAACAGACGGCCAGCACUAGUAAACGGUAGAAAGUGUCCAAAGGUUUUAAAUCAAUCCCUUGUAGACUGACCUUUCUAAAAAAUAAACGUAUUGAAAGCUUCA